UAAGAAAGUUUGAAGGACUGCCAAUGAGACGCAGUAUCCUUGUGAAGAGCAUAACAUCUAAACUUCAACAGUGGAAGAGUUGUCUCACUUAGUCGUUUCAAGGGUUCUCUCAUCCCGGAACUAGUGUUAUCUGAGUGAAAUCUUGGGAUUCCCGAGCAACUUAAUUUGUGUACUAGAGAUUAACUGAUGUACUUUCUUUUGAGCAGAGCUUGACGAGAGUGGCUGUCAUUCUGUUGUCAACUGGUCGUCUGGGCAGUCAUAGUUUGAACCUCAACGGAGCACUGCAGGGUAUGUCUAGUCGUCUCAUGAGAAACAGGCAGUGGUCUUGUCAUGCGUGACUUCGAUCAACAGCAACCCAUUCCCUUGCCACCCCUCUGCUCUUUCUCUCACUAUCAGUCCUCCCUGGAACCUGCUGCAAGGCGUUUUGGAGGGAAAUAUCUCAUGCAAAUUCAUAAGGUUUAUAAAAACGAAAGACCACAUUCACUCGUCAAGGGCGUGCUGCCUUUUGAAGCUGUGUUUUAGCAUCCUUCGCAACCUUGCAUCACUGUCAUUAAGCUUGAAGUCCAAGCUGCUUCGUUAGUGCAACAGUUCAAGGGUUUCAACUUCUUGUUAGUACAAAAGGCAGCUGGAGUAACACGACCUCUUGUCCCUCUAUCUACUGGAUAAUGGGUCUUUGUUUACCUGCUGCAACUACCGCUCUACAACGUCGACCGGGUGCACUGAGUAUCAAUUCGUGCAUAUAUUUUCUUUUGCGGUGUCUGAAGCAGAUGUCUGGUUAGAUCUCUCGAAGUAGUCAAGGACGAGAGAGCAGACAACAGAUAAAGGUCUUUCAUUUUCCAGUGUUUUGUCAUGAACGCUGGAAUUGUGAACACGCACGACAUAACUGCUCAGAAUCCAAUGUCAUCCCAAUCUUCAAUUGCCUCGCAGUGUUGACGCUUCUGUUCUUCAACUGCAAACACUAGUACGAGCUUUGGAGCUAAUAGUUGCUGCGUGCAGUCUAGUGAUUCGAAAGUUGACUGUUCAUGGUACCGAUGGCACGAAAGAUCGAGACACUAUUUCCUCUACAAGGUCGCAUGUGCUGGCUUAUAAUUAUUCUGCUUCUGCAACCAUUUCAUAAGGGGGCUGCAUUGGAGUACGCUUGCAAUUUCGACAAGGAUGACAACCUCAAAUCCAUGAGAUUCUGCGACACCUCCCUGUCUGACGAAAUUAGAGUGUUUGACUUGGUCUCCAGGUUGACAUUGGAGGAGAAGGUCACUCAGCUGGUGAACACAGCCUCUGCCAUUCCUCGCCUGAGCAUUCCUGCUUACGAAUGGUGGCAAGAAGGUUUGCAUGGAGUUGCUCAUGUUUCCUUCGGUGGAUCACUCCCCAGGGCCACGAGUUUUCCCCUGCCAAUUCUCACGACGGCGUCCUUCAACAAAGAUCUGUGGAAUCAAAUUGGCCAGGUAGUUUCCACCGAAGCACGAGCAUUUUACAACGAUGGAAUAGCGGGGUUGACGUACUGGUCACCUGUGAUAAAUAUAGCUCGAGACCCGCGGUGGGGCAGGAUUCAAGAAACCUCAGGCGAGGAUCCAUACACCACGAGCGCCUACGCCACCCACUUCGUCCAAGGAAUGCAGGAGGGCGAUGCAAACUCAAAGAGGUUGAAGCUUUCAGCGUGUUGUAAGCAUUUCACAGCCUACGAUGUUGAUAACUGGGAAGGCAUUGAUCGCUACCAUUUCGAUGCCAAGGUGACGCUCCAAGACUUGGCAGACACCUAUAACCCGCCAUUUCAGAGCUGUGUGCAAGAGGGGCGGUCAGCGAGCUUAAUGUGCUCAUACAACAAGGUGAAUGGAGUUCCCACAUGCGCAAACUACGACUUCCUUGAAAAUACUGUGAGAAGGGCAUGGGGGUUGAAUGGGUACAUCGUCUCCGAUUGUGAUUCCGUGCUGGUGAUGCACGAAUCCACAAACUACGCGCCUACCACUGAAGAUGCAGCUGCUGAUGCUCUGAAUGCAGGUUUGGAUCUCAAUUGCGGAGACUACCUCGCAUCCUACACUGAAGGAGCUGUUGCAAUGGGCAAGGUCAAUGCAUCGAGAGUCGACAAUGCAGUGUACAACGUUUUCUUGGUGCGCAUGCGCCUAGGGAUGUUCGACGGAAAUCCAGCGAACCAAGAAUUCGGAAACAUAGGAGUUGCCGAUGUUUGUACACCCGCCCAUCAGGAGUUGGCUGUGGAAGCAGCACGACAAGGCAUUGUCCUUCUGAAGAACGACGGAAACAUACUCCCCCUCUCUAAGAACAUCAAUACAGCCGUGAUCGGCCCAAAUGCGAACGCAACACACACAAUGCUUGGCAACUACGAAGGCAUCCCAUGCCAAUACAUCACCCCACUUCAAGGUCUGGUGAAGUUCGGGAGUGGAGACUACCACAAGGUAUGGUUCUCGGAGGGAUGUGUCAACACAGCCUGCCAGCAAGAUGAUCAAAUCUCCUCGGCUGUCUCCACCGCGGCCGUUGCAGACGCUGUCGUUCUCGUUGUGGGUUUGUCUCAAGUCCAAGAAUCCGAAGCUCUUGACAGAACAAGUCUCCUCCUUCCAGGUUACCAACAAACAUUGAUAGACGAAGUUGCUGGCGCGGCUGCAGGGCGUCCAGUAGUCCUCGUGCUAAUGUGCGCAGGACCAGUUGACAUCAACUUUGCAAAGAACGACAAGCGCAUUCAGAGCAUCCUAUGGGUAGGUUAUCCUGGCCAAUCUGGAGGUCAAGCUAUCGCAGAAGUCAUCUUUGGCGCGCACAAUCCUGGAGGAAAGCUACCCAUGUCUUGGUAUCCGGAAGAUUACACUAAGAUUAGCAUGACUAACAUGAACAUGCGGCCAGAUUCGAGGUCGAAUUAUCCAGGACGCACCUACCGAUUUUACACUGGCGAAAAGAUUUACGACUUUGGUUAUGGCUUGAGCUACACUGAAUACAAACAUUCGUUUGCGUUGGCUCCGACAACUGUGAUGACACCUUCGAUACAUUCCCAGCUCUGCGAUCCCCACCAAACAUCCGCAGGGUCCAGUCUGCCAUGCUCCCAAGCACACCAAGAGACUUGUUCAUCGUCCAAUUUUGAUGUGCACAUCAAUGUGGAGAAUAUUGGCGCGAUGGCUGGCAACCACACCCUUCUCCUCUUCUUCACGGCCCCCUCUGCAGGAAAGAACGGAACUCCACUGAAGCAGCUUGCGGCGUUCGAUUCGGUUUACAUCAGAAGUGGAAGCCAGGAGAAGGUGGUGCUCACUCUCAAUCCGUGUCAGCACCUUGGAACUGUGGCGGAGGAUGGUACUCGCAUGCUGGAGGCUGGCAACCAUAUUCUAUCCGUUGGUGAUGCCAAGCAUUCGCUGUCUGUUUUAUUUUCAGACACAUCCGGUGCCAGAUACUGAUUCUUCUCUCUGGUUGAUUCACUUCGCGCACUAGAUUUUCUAUAUUCUGACUAAAGUUGCUUUCGAAUCGAUUUGUCCCAAUUCAUUCGCAUUCAUCGGAUUAAUUGGAUUCUCCAAUCUGAGAUUCAAGAUCUUAGUAGUCUAGAUAGUAUCAGAAUUGUCAUUUGCGCUCCCGUGCCGUCCCAACAGGACUAGCUUCUGCUUGGUCUUCGCCGACGAGAACUAGAAGAAUAAUCAAAAAGACGUGCUUACUCACGUUACAUGUAGAUUUAGGGUUUGUCUGGAAUGUAUAGAGAACAUGUAAAAAAAUGAUUCGUGUCAACCCAGAUAUUUGUGCACUGCAUCAAUUGUUUAGAA